ACGGUAUUACCAACACCCACAUAUUGUCAUCAUGGCUAAUGAGCAAAACUGCCCUUUUCUUCCAGUGCUCUGAUGCGUGGUUUCCGUUGUCUGGAGAUUGAUUGCUUUGAUGGAGCCAACGGUGAACCAAUAGUCUAUCACGGACGAACUCUUACCGGCAAAGUUAAUUUUAAAUCUGUCGUCUUUGUCAUCGGCAAGUAUGCCUUUAUGACAUCACAGUAUCCGCUGGUGUUGUCCCUGGAGGACCAUUGUUCCUGCAAGCAGCAGGAAGUUUUGGCCAAUCACUUAAUCACCAUCCUCGGAGACAAACUACUGAGAACCGCCAUUACCGAUUCAUCAUCUGAAGUCCUGCCAUCCCCUGAGGCUCUUAAAGGUAAAAUAUUAAUAAAACACAAAAAGAUUGAGCCAGUGCAGAUUCCCAGCCCUGUCCUCAGCGGACAGACAGCUGAAGAGCAGGACGAGGAAGAAUCCACUGAUGGAUUGGAAGAGUCUGAAGAUGAAAAGCCAUUUGGAAAAAAUGUCAGAUUCAAGCUGGUUAACCUGAAGAAACAUCUGCGAUCCAAACAGCAGGUUCUUAAAGGUAAAAUAAUACUAAAACACAAAAAGGUUGAACCAGUGCAGAUUGCCAGCCCUGUCCUCAGCAGACAGGCAGCUGGAGAGCAGGACGAGGAAGAAUCCACUGAUGGAUUGGAAGAGUCUGAAGAUGAAGAACCAACUGGAAGACAAGUCAGAUUCAAUCUGGAUAAGCCGAAGAAACGUACGAGAUCCAAACAGCAGGGUAAAAGUAAGGAGAUCGCACCAACGCUGUCAGAUCUGGUCAAUUACAUCAAAGCGAAGAAGUUUGUCAGUUUCCAGCAUUCCCAAUCCUACCAGAAAUUCUAUGAAAAUAAUUCAGUGUCCGAGAGAAAGGCGCAGCAGCUGGUCCGGCACUCAGCUCAGGACUUUAUCUAUCAUACCAAGAAUUUUCUAACCAGAAUCUAUCCCAAGGCAUCUCGAAUUGAUUCCUCUAACCUACAGCCUCAGGAAUUCUGGAAUGUUGGCUGUCAGAUGGUUGCAUUGAAUAUGCAGAGUCCAGGAGUCCCAAUGGAUCUGCAGGAUGGAAGGUUCCAGGAUAAUGGCAGAUGCGGAUAUGUUCUAAAGCCGGAUUUCCUUUGUGAUUUAGAUUGCACAUUUGAUCCAAAUAAUCUUCUAACUCACAGACCAUUUUACCUCCAUAUUAAGGUGAUUAGUGGGUUUCUUCUUCCUCCAAGCAAAUUAUCGAAAACCAACACAGCCAACCCAGUUGUGACUUUGGAGAUCCAUGGAGUACCACCUGACCAAUGCAGCAAAAAGACCCGGGUCGCAAAAAAUAAUGCCUUUAACCCUCAGUGGAACAAGUCUUUCCUCUUCGCCAUUAAGGUUCCGGAGUUGGCAAUGAUUCGAUUCUGCUUGCAGGACCACAUUCCAGUGGUUGGGAAUAAAUUUGUGGGCCAGUACACUCUGCCUGUGACCUGCAUUAGUAAAGGAUAUCGUCACAUCCCACUGCUGAACAGAUACGGUCAGAGUCUUUUGCCCGCCUCGCUCUUUGUCCACAUCUGGUAUGAUUGAUCUUCACAUCCAAAAAUUCAAUAGCUGAUUGCGACAUGAUUGCUGCCUUGAAAACUUUUCUCCAAUAAAUAAUAAAAUUAAUCCAAUGUUUAUUUAGUUGUAUUCCAGUGAUUGUGAACAGGGAA